AUGGCGGCGGCGGCCCCUGCGCCCUGGGAGUUGUUCUGGCUACUCCUUCUCCUGCCCAUUUCCGUGAUGCCUUCCAAGCUGAACAUUCCCAAAGUGCUUCUGCCGUUUACUCCGAGCACCAGAAUCAACUUCACCCUGGAAGCAAGCGAGGGCUGCUACCGCUGGUCUUCUACCAGACCAGAAGUUGCCAGCAUAGAAGCUGUAGAACAAGACAGUCGGCAGUGUUCUCAGAAGGCUGUUGUCCAGGCACGAUCAUCACAACCGACACGUCUUACAAGUAUUAUUUUGGCUGAAGAUGUUAUGACUGGUCAGGUGCUUCGCUGUGAUGCUAUAGUUGACAUAAUUCAUGAUAUUCACAUUGUGUCCACAACCAAAGAACUGUAUCUUGAAGAUUCACCACUGCAACUGAAAAUUAGAGCAUUAGAUUCUGAAGGAAACACUUUUAGCACUUUGGCAGGGCUUGCUUUUGAAUGGACAAUCAUGAAAGAUCCAGAAGCUAAUGGAGUCUCAGAUUCCCAUAAUGCACUGCGUAUCCUCAAGUUCUCAGAAUCAACAUAUAUACCACCUUCCUAUAUAAUGAAGAUGGAAAAGAUUGCUAAACAAGGAGACAUUGUUUUAGUGUCUGGCAUGAAAACAGGAAGUUCAAAAUUAAAAGCAAGAAUACAGGAAUCUUUUUAUAAGAAUGUACGAGCUGCGGAAGUCAGAUUGUUCAUUUUGGAAAACAUCCUUCUAAAUCCAGCUUAUGAUAUCUACCUGCUGGUAGGAAUGUCAGUACAAUACAAAGUUCAGAAAAUAAGGCAAGGGAAGAUUACAGAAUUAAUGAUGCCUUCUGAUCAGUACGAACUGCGACUUCAGAACCACACAUUCAGCCCUGAGGGAGAUACAGCCUGGCCCAUUGCCAAGCUGGAUCAGGCAACAUCCACGGUUACUGCAUUGCAGCGGGGACAGACUAACAUCGUACUUGACCACAAAAAUAUCCUUCUCAUUAGUAUGCAGGGUGCUUCUAAAUUACCAAAUGGUAGUAUUUAUGUUGUGGACCCAGGAUACUUAGGAUUUUCAAUUCACCCUGGGGACAGAUGGGUCCUGGAAACAGAAAGGCUGUAUGAAAUAACAAUUGAAGUAUAUGAUAAAUCUGGUAAUAAGGUGUAUUUGUCGGAUAAUGUCAGGAUUGAUACAUACUUUGCAAAAGAAUACUUCACAGUUCUGCAGUCCUCUCUGAAUGGAUCGUAUCACCAUGUGAAAGCAAUAAGGGAAGGCCAAACUAUUAUUACUGCUUCAUUAACAUCUAUUGUGGAUCAGGAUGGAGGUGUGCACACAUUACCUGUUCCUGUACUAAACCAGCAAGAAAUAGACAUUUAUGUCCCCAUUGCCCUUUCACCAAACAUUUUGACAUUUCCGUGGCAGCCAAGAGCAGGAGCCUAUCAGUACACAAUAAAGGCUCAAGGUGGAAGCGGCAACUUCACUUGGUCUACAUCUAACCAAAAUGUUGCUACAGUGACAGUUAAGGGACUAAUGACAACUGGAAAUGAUAUUGGUGUCAGUGUGAUACGUGCCAGUGAUGUUCAGAACCCAUUACACUAUGGGGAAAUGAAGGUAUAUGUGACAGAACCUAGUGACAUGGAGUUCAUACCGUGUCAAGUUGAGGCACGUGUGGGUCAAAUUUUGGAGCUGCCUCUGAAGAUUAAUGGUCUAAUGAAGGUGGAAACUAGUCAGAUAGUCACCCUGAGUGACUGUUCACAUUUUGAUUUAGUUGUCGAUGUUGAAAACCAUGGUGUGUUCAGUCCAAUUCAAGGAAAGCUAAACCCAACUCCAGACUACUGCAGCGGAGUCAGAGUAAAAGCUGAAUCCCAAGGAUACACAGCACUUGUAGUUAGCUAUACACACGGUCAUCUUCACCUCCGUGCGAGUAUCACCAUAGCUGCCCAUCUACCACUCAAAACAAUUGAUCCUACAUCUGUUGCAUUGGUAACUUUGGGUUCCUCCAAAGAGAUAAUAUUUGAAGGAGGAUUGAAGCCAUGGGUUCAAGAACCAUCGAAAUUCUUCAGGAAUGUCAGUGCUGCAGAUCCAAGUGCCAUUGGUUUAUUCUUACUAGGGUCAGCCACAAAUAGGAAUCCCUUCCAGCAUUGGGUUAGGGCAUCUUGCAAAGCUUUGGGAGAACAAGUAAUUUCAUUAACAAUUGGAAACAAGCCCACUAUUACUAAUCCAUUUCCAGUAGUUGAAUCUGCAGUUAUGAGGCUGAUUUGUGCCACUCCCUCCCGAUUCAGUUUGGUACCUGUAUAUGCAAAUCCUCAGCUAGGUCUCUCCUGUCCUUUGCUCCCUCAAAACAAACAAGGGGUUCCUGUCUCAAAUUACCGCAAUCCAGUAUUGGAUUUGGAGGCUUAUGAUCAACAGGGGCGUAAAUUUGACAAUUUUAGUUCCCUUAGUAUCAUCUGGGAAUCAAGAAAACAUUCAUUAGCUAGCAUAGAAUCCAAUAUGCCAAUGGAGCUGUCCUUGAAAGAUCAUGGAAAUGGUCAGAAGAAAAUGCAUGGUUUGCAAACUGUUUUAGUUCACGGUGAAUCUGGAACAACAACUCUAUCAGCUACUGCAAGUGGAUAUCAGCAUUCUCAUCUCAAUGCUGCUAAAGUAAAUAAUCUGUAUGAAUCUCUUACACCUGUGUCUGCCACUAUUGAGCUGAUACUUGUGGAAGAUGUAAAAGUUAGCCCUAAAGAAGUGACACUCUAUAAUCACCCAGCUGUUAAGGCUGAACUGCUUGUUAAGGAGGGCUCUGGAUACUUUUUCAUUAAUACAAGUGUUAUCGAUAUAGUUAAAGUGACCUAUGAAGAAGCCGAAGGUGUUGCUGUGGUAUACCCAUUACUUCCAGGGUCAUUGUCUGUAAUGAUUCAGGAUUUGUGUCUUUCCUCUUCUUCACUUUCUAAAGCUGAAGUAUAUGUGUCUGAUAUACAUGAAGUAUAUGUUGGUGGUGUUGAUAAGGUAGAGAUUGGCAAAACAGUUAAAGCAUAUGUCAGAGUACUGGAUGCUUCCAAGAAAUACUUUCUGGCUAAAUACUUUACUUUCAUGGAUUUAAAGCUGAAGGCAGCAUCUCAGAUUAUUUCCUUGAAUCUUCUCAGUGAAGCUCCGGAUGAAUACACUGCUACUUUUGUAGUUCAUGGCGUGGCCAUAGGUCGAACCAGUAUUACAGCAGUUGUCAUUGACAAAGAUGGAGAGAGAAUCAAUUCAGCUCCACAGCAAAUUGAAGUAUUCCCUCCUUUUAGACUAAUACCAAGAAAAGUCACAUUACUUAAAGGUGCAGUGAUUCAAGUUAUUUCUGAAGGAGGUCCCCAGCCUCAGUCCAACAUAAUCUUCUCAAUGAGCGACACCAGAAUUGCCUCUGUGAAUAGCAGUGGCCUUGUAACAGGAAUGAUGAUUGGGAACAGUACCAUAACAGGAAUGGUUCAAGCUGUUGAUGCAGAUACUGGCAAAGUGGUCGUGGUAUCCCAGGCCAAAGUUGACAUUGAGGUAAUUCAGCUUCAGGCUGUUAGAAUCCAUGCACCUGUUACACGAAUGAAAACUGGCACUCAGAUGCCAGUAUAUGUGAUGGGUAUAACCAGCAAUCAAACUCCGUUUUCAUUUGGAAAUGCAGUGCCUGGAUUAACAUUUCAUUGGUCUGUUAGUAAAAGGGAUAUUCUGGAUGUAAGGGCAAGACACAGUGAGACUUCUCUUCAGCUUUCAGCUCAAUAUAAUUUUGCCAUGAAUGUUUACAGUAAGGGCAAAGGAAGAACAGGCUUGAAGGUUAUUGUGAAAGCCGUUGAUCCUUCAGCAGAACAAUUUUGCCACAUGUUGAGAGAAUUGUCAGAUGAAAUCCAGAUACAGGUAUUUGAGAAACUGGUGAUUCUUAAUAUAGAAACAGAACAGAUCUUAAUGUCACCAAACUCUUUUUUCAAAGUUCAAACAAACAGGGACGGGGUGGCAUCUCUGAGUUACCGCGUCCUGGAUGAUCAAGACAGGAUUCCUGUUGUACAGAUUGAUGAGAGAGGCCUUCUUCAUUCUGGGUCCCUGAUAGGACUGGCAACAGUAGAAGUAAUUGGGCAAGAGUCAUUUGGAAUCAACCAGACCCUUAUUGUUGCUGUCAAGGUGGCUCCUGUUUCCUACCUUAGAAUAUCCAUGAGUCCAAUUCUCCACACAAAAAACAACGAGGUAUUAGAGGCCUUACCUUUGGGAACAACCAUGACUUUGACAAUCCACUUCCAUGAUAAUUCUGGAGAUAUCUUCCACUCACAAAAUUCUGUGGUCAGCUUUGCAACAAACAGAGAUGACUUUGUACAGGUUGGGAAAGGAGCGUUCAACAAUACUCUGAUAAUCCGAACAAUGAAUGUGGGGCUAACAGUGCUUAUGGUUUGGGAUGCAGAGCACAGCAAUAUUGCAGAUUAUGUGCCCCUUCUUGUUCAGCAUGUCAUCUACCCUGAACUCAGAGACAUUGUUGUAGGCGAUGUCAUCUGCUUCAGUUCUUCACUGGUAAACCAAGAAGGCUUGUCAGGGUUGUGGAGUUCUUCUUUAAAUGGUGUUCUUCAAAUUGACCCAAAGACUGGAGUAGCUGUAGCAAGGAAUUCUGGGACAGUUACAAUAUAUUAUGAGAUCCCUGGACUACUUAAGACAUACAGAGAGGUAUUGGUUAAUGUACCACAGAGGAUUUUUGCAAUAUAUGUAAGUGGAACAAAAACAAGUUUGGAGGGUAUCUCAUCUUCAAAAGUUAUUGUCAAAAUUGGGCACAGCAGCAAAAAUAUGAAAGGGGAAUGUUCACCUGCCCAAAUUGAAGUGCUUGAAGAAAUGAAGCCUCAGUCUAGUAUCAGUUGCCAUCUUCAUUUCAACACUGAUUUAUUUGAUUUCCAAGCCUCUGAAAUUUUUAUAGCAGAACCCGGGUUUGAUGCAGUAUCAGGACACUAUACUUGUUCUGUCACAAUGCACAGACUUCCUGACAGACAACUAAAGCAACUGACUAUGAGCAAAACUGUUCUGGUUGUAACAGCUUCAGUCCAGAAUGGCCAUUUCCCUACUGAGCAGAUAAGUGCUGAAGUGCCAUUCAAUCCAGGAUUUUACGCUAAUGAGACUGAAAUUAUCUUGAGUAAUCAUUACCCAAGUUCUGAUGUGAAAAUUUUUGGAGCCACUGAAAUUCUUCAGAACCUUGAAGUGAAAUCGGGCUCACCUAUGGUAGUGAUCUCUGAGAAAGACAGAACUUAUGGCUUGCCUAGUUAUAUAACUUACACUGUCAGAUUAUCAGAUCCAAGACUGUCAAGCAAAGGUUCUUUAUCUACCACACUCACUAUAACAAGCAGAGUGACGGACCAGUCUUUCACUAUCCCAGUGACAAUGAUUUAUGUAUCUGACAGAACUAUGUCAGUGAAAUAUGGAGCCAGCUUAUUCUAUCACUUCAUUGAUUCCUACCAGAUCUUGUUUUUUACACUUUUUGCACUGCUUGCAGGUACAGCUGUUAUGAUCAUAGUACAUUGUGCCAUUUUUUCACCAAAAGAACAGAAAGCUCAUCCAGCUUUUACCCCAAGGAGAAGCCCCCAGCACAGACCAAAUGGUGUUGAAUUUCCUGUUCCAUCUGCAGUUGCUUUCAGCCCUAUACCAUCAAGUAGAGAAAACAGCUCUCCUACUAGGCUAUGGAGUCCCCAUUAUGCUUCACAAUAG